AUGCCCAUCCGCGUCAGGCUCAAGCCGCAGCCUGCGCGCGAGGACAGUCCCUUCUCCGCCCGCUACGACUAUGUCGAGCUUCCCUACAUCGCCCCCGACGACUCAUUCCGCGUUGUCGUCAAGAAGCUGUCCCAGUACAUCACCGAUGCCGUCGAGAUGCCCAGCACCUUUGAACAGCUGCGCACCACCUCGGCCGGCACUUGUCUGCGCCUCCUGGUCGACCAUCUCAGCGAUACCUGCGUCAAUCCCGCCAUUGUCAAUGCUCUGCUGGCGCUCAAAUGGCACUAUGCCUUGGACCGUGACAACCAAGGCCUCGGCGAGGCUCGCUCCAACGCCUGUGAGAUUGUAGCUUGGAGAUUCCUGACCCACCAUUCGGAGCGUGAGGCCGUGUCCUUUUGCCUCUACGAGAUUCCUGACCAUAAAAAGUUCAAGGCGCAGCAGCAGCAAGAGCAGCAACGGCGGCAGCAGGAUCACGGCGCCAGGUCCGACCCCGAAGCUGGCGAGCGCGCUCCCUUGAUUCCCCGCGUGCUGGCCACCUUUGACGGCGCAGAUCCUCACCUACCUACGGGGAGCUCGUCAAAGAAAGUGCAGCUUCUCUCGUCUCUUUCUCGUCUGACCAACCUCAGCUCCGACGAUGAUGACGAGGAUGACGAUGACGACCCCACCGCUGCCUUUGAAGGCUUGAAUGCUCUUGAGAUUGCUGCCGUUGCCGACGCCAAGAGGUUUCUGUCACAGCACGUUGUGCAGAAGAUCAUUGCUGGCAUCUGGAACGGUGACAUUGUCUUCUGGGACACCAUGUCCAUCACUUCCUCCAAGCACCCGCACUUCUACAAUCCUUUUACGUCGGACCCCUACUCCCGACUUCGUGUGCCCAAGUAUCUUAAAUGCUGGGAGGUGCUCUUCUUCAGCGUCUUCAUGUGCCUGUAUUACUCUGUUCUUAUUGUGCGGGAUGAGAGCCGCCUGACGAAGCCUGAAAUCGCCCUGUUCUUCUGGAUUGCAGCCUUCUUCUACGAUGAGCUGAGCGAGUGGAUUGAUGCCGGAGCCAUCUUUUACGCAACGGACAUCUGGAACCUGUUUGACAUGAUCAUGAUUCUCAUUGGCGCCCUCUUCGCUGUACUACGAAUCAUUGGCAUCGUGCGAGAAGACCUGCGCCUAAACGACCUGGCGUUUGAUGUGCUGGCCCUGGAAGCUCUCUUCAUGAUCCCCCGCAUCUGCUCCAUCCUCAGUCUGAGCCCGUACUGGGGUACCCUCAUCCCUUGCCUUAAAGAGAUGGGCAAGGACUUUCUCAAGUUCAUGGUGCUCGUCGUGAUCGUCUACCUUGGCUUCCUUACCACGUUCUCGCUCGUCGGCAGAGACAUCUUCAGCCUCGGCAAGAUGACGGGCAUCUUGACCAAGAUCUUUUACGGCUCGAGCUAUGUUGGAUUUGAGGUCAUGGACCAGAUAGACCCCGUCUUUGGCCCUCCCCUGAUGAUCAUCUUCAUCACCCUGUCCUCGUUCCUCCUCAUGGGCUCGCUUACCGGUAUGCUCUCCAACAGCUUCUCGCGCGUCAUUACCCACGCCAAAGAGGAGUACCUCUACGUGUACAGCGUCUAUGUGCUGGAGGCAUCGACCAGCAACCGCCUGACGCACUUUUAUCCCCCAUUCAAUCUUUUAUCCCUUGUCAUGUUCCGCCCGUGGCGUUACAUUCUCCCGAGGUCGCACAAGUACCGUGCAGGUAGGAUCUGGCUUCUCAAGGUGACCCACGCACCCAUCGUCGGCAUCAUCAAAUUGUACGAGUAUCUCAAGUACAGGGGAGACGAUGACGACGAGUUUCGCGGCUUCAAGGGCCCGAGAGAACCCAAGGGUAGACGGCGGAGAUCCGAGGCUGGUCCAUCAUCUGUCACAGGCCGGCCCUCUCUGGCGUCUCCUCGUAGGUCGGGGGUGAUGCGACUCCGCCCGUCUAGUCGAACGCGAGGGGAAGAUGACGCGGAUGCGCCGUCGCCGGUCGAGGCGCAGAUUCUCGAACUGCAGCAGAAGAUUGAUCAGCUGACGACAAUUGUCCUGUCGAUGAGGGAGAGCCAGGUCAUCAAUGGCAAGGACGAGGUUGGGACCAGUGUCUAG